GUUUCGCGUGUGUUAUGACAUUUUUGGAAUGGUUGAGUGUAUCAUAUGAUUGUUAAUAAAGUAAUUAUAGAAUGUCUGUUAGUAGUGAUUCCGAAGAAUUUUACGACGCUGAAGACUUAACACCCAGUCGACAAUCGAGGAAAAUCAAAUCUACCAAGGAAGAUGAUGUUAUCCCGAGAAGUGAUUCUGAAGGUAGUGUUUUUGCUGCAGAAGCCAAAAGAAAUUCUACGACAGAAGAAACAGCUUCAUCUCGUCAACUCCCAAGAUCAGUACCCAAUGACGAAUGUCAACAAAUCCCAGAAAAAGAUGAUGUUGAAAGGAAAGUGCUUGAAAGCCACCAAGGACGAAAACGCUUUAGAGAACUCCGCCAGAGAAUGCAAACUGAAGAUGAAGAUAUUGGGCCGAGCAAUACUUCUCCACCAGACAGCCAGACAUCAUCAAUUGAAGGAGUUUUUGCUGUUCCCCCCAAAACCCUUCAUCCUUUUCGUAUUAUAGAGCAUGAUGCUUUGAGCCUACAAAGCAUGACUUCACUGGGACGUGUUGGUCGGAUAUUGGCUGGCUUUGUUGAUGCUACUGGAGUGGGUCGUGAAGGUCUUCAGUCAGGUGCUGGCUCCGGUGUUCACAGUAGUGGAUUUUCAUUGGGAAGGGAAGAGUCAAUGUCUGAAACAUCAUCCUUGUUGUCUCAAGGUUCCCACACUCAUAUAUCAGUAAACACUGAACGCCGAAUGGGUGCAACUGGGAAAGCAGGUUCAGCACCAAGUCUUACCAUAUCAGCGUCACAGCAUUUUCCUCGAGAAGAACGCCAGGGAUCACUACCAUUGCAGGAACCAGAUGUAAUUGCUAGUACAAAGGGCAAUGGUAAGAUAUCUGAUGUGAAAACAGCAGACAGUGUUGCUGUACCAGUUCCUGUGGCCCCUCCUCGACGUAAGAAGAAAGCCAAAGCUCAGGCACCCAAAACACUCAGUCCUCCUAACACAGAAGACAAAUGCUUGCCACCUCCACCUCUACCAAGCCCUGCUAGUACAAUAGAAUCAUUAACAAGGGAAUUUGAGCAUUCUUUGGAUAUUCGCUCUGCAACAAAGGGGCAAUAUGUUGUUAAACCACAGGAUGAGGAACGAGCAAAGGCAGAGGGCCCAUCACAGGAAGAAAAAGAGCGACUGGAGAAGCUGAAGGCAGAAUUAACUGGUGCACGUACUCUAUCAUGUCCAAGUCCAGCUGGAUCUCUCGGAUCUCGUCAAGCCAGCCAUGUUGCAACUCCACGAGGAUCUCGUGAACGGCGUAGAUCUGCGGGUGAUGAACGUGGAGUAAUGUCACAGCUGAAUAUGAUUGUGCGCACUCGCACUGAUUCUGGAAAGCAGCUUUCAGAUCUGGAAAUUUUGGAGCAGGUCACUGUUCUGAACCUUGAUACUGGAGAGCGUGUCCCACUCAGCAUUGCAGAAGACAAAUUACCACAGUGUAUAAAUCCACUUUCCCUUCAUAUCAUGAGGCUUACGUCAGAGUAUGUGAGCAAUUCAAGUCUUGAGAAGGAGAAGGAAUCUGAUGAGGAGAGUGUUGAUAGCAAAAAGUCAUCUAUACCACCAGAAGAUGCAGAUGUGAGUAAAAUGCGUAAACGUACAGCACAGCUUAAAAAGUUUUUGGGCUCAAAAGUGAGAAAAACAAUGGACAAGGCUAAGUCCAUUGCACAGGAAGUGUCACAUGCUCGCCACAAAGAAGAUGUUAUGGAUAUUGUUGAUGAAGUUAACCCUGGUGAGCAAUAUAUCAAGCUCAAAGCUUCUGGUAGUCAUAAGGGUCCGUAUGAAUUUGAUAGCCUUCAGCAUGUUCAAGACCUAAGUGGUGAGCAUGUGGGGCCUGUAUGGUGUAUGAAAUUUUCCUCUUGUGGUCGCCUCCUUGCCACAGCAGGUCAAGAUCGUGUACUAAGAAUAUGGGUUGUGCGUAGUGCAUACACGUAUUUCCAAGAUAUGCGUACAAAAUAUAAUGCAGAGAAAGUAUCACCUACUCCGUCUCAAGAGUCACUAGUUUCCCAGCAUUCCUCAGAAGAUCCAAAUGCUGCAUUUGCUGAUAUGAAAAAUGAAGAAGUGAAGAGAUGCCCAUUCAUGCCAAAACCAUUUUGUACAUACACUGGUCACACUUCAGAUUUGCUUGAUGUUUCAUGGUCUAAGAAUUACUUUGUACUGUCAUCAUCGAUGGACAAGACUGUCAGGCUGUGGCACAUUUCAAGAAAAGAAUGCUUGGUGUGUUUUCAACAUAUUGAUUUUGUUACUGCCAUUGUGUUCCAUCCUCGAGAUGACCGUUACUUUCUAAGUGGAUCUCUGGAUGGUAAAUUAAGAUUGUGGAACAUCCCUGAUAAAAAAGUUGCUGUGUGGAAUGAGCUUGAUGGUCAAACAAAGCUAAUUACUGCUGCGAAUUUUUGUCAGAAUGGGAAGUUUGCUGUUGUGGGUUCGUAUGAUGGGCGAUGUAUAUUUUAUACAACAGAACAGCUUAAGUACCACACACAGAUUGAUGUACGCUCCACAAGAGGCAAAAAUUCAAGAGGGAGAAAAAUUAGUGGUAUUGAACCAAUGCCUGGAGAGGACAAAAUACUUGUAACUUCAAAUGACAGUCGUAUUCGGCUCUACGACCUUAGGGACUUGAAUCUAUCUUGUAAAUAUAAAGGAUACGUCAAUGUUAGUAGCCAAAUAAGAGCAAGCUUCAGUCAUGAUGGAAAAUAUAUUGUUAGUGGCUCUGAGAACCAAUGUAUAUAUAUCUGGAAGACUCAUCAUGAUUAUUCAAAAUUUUCAUCUGUUCGAAGGGAUAGGAAUGACUUUUGGGAAGGAAUCAAAGCUCACAAUGCUGUUGUGACAUGUGCUAUAUUUGCUCCAAAUCCUGACAUCAUAAUUCGGCAGAUAGAGGAACAAGAAGGAACAUUAGCUAGUCAGAACCUUAAGGUUGAAGAUCCUUUAGUAGAACAGCACACAAAGGGUUGUGGGGGCUAUGUUUUAGUGAGUGCUGACUUCAGUGGUUGCAUAAAAGUUUUCCUUAACAAGAUGAAACCAAAACACAGUUCACUGCCUGCAUCAGCUUUGGUUUAA